UGUUUUAAUUAAAAAGAUAAUAGUAAAGUGAAGUGAAUUAUGUGCAUGGUAUAAUAAACCUUUGAAUAUAAUCUUCUUUCUUGGAGUGCAUCUGACAACGUCAAAACGAGGACUGGCGCGAAACCGCGAUGGCUUGGCCUGAGGUUGUGCGAUGAACCGUCCGAGGAGGAGGGGAUGGACGAACCUAACGCUGCCAAGCGGCCAUCCGUGCUUACCAUUGACAGAGCCGCUUUCCUUUUGUUAAGAGUUAAAAGAGCGUUCAAAAAGAAGCGACAGCAAAGGAAAGAUAAACAUGCGGCGGCGGCGGCGGCUGCGGCGGCAGAGGCACUUGGCGGAGGCGGCGGUCGUCGCAUACCUCCGCCCUUAUUGCGUUCCCGGACAUUACCCGCCAUCAUAGCACCCGGCUUCUCGAUCCUACACGCCCAGAUCGACCCUCAACGAACCACGGAUCUAAGUCAAAGUCAGCUGCUAUGCCGAGGUGUACCGCCUCACAAAGUGACCGGUCUACGUGCUCACGCUCCACGAAUCUCCUUCACCAGCAAGGAGGAAAAUGACACCCAGGAGCUGCGCAGGAAAUCGGCCAGCAGCCGGCUUGGGUGCUCACCCAGAACCAGCAUCGCCAGUGAGGACAGAAGUGAUGGGCUCGCUCUUAGGGUGCCCACGCCUCGCGGCUCGGUGUCCAGCACAAGCAGCACGAGUGCUGGAUCCAGGCUAGCUCGACUGCUGACCCAGGGGGUGCGUGGUACCCCCGAAGAGAUCGCCAUUGAUGCCCCCAGGAGACUUAGUUGGGAAAGACGAGAAUCGGGUGGUCAGCUACCACGCUCCGCCAGCAUUGAUUCCAUGGUGGAAGCCACAAUCAACGCUCGUCACUCCGAACCCAGUCACCCGACGCUGCAGCUCCCAAUCAGAGCUGACAGAGCCUUCAGUUUGGCUUCACCCGCAGUUGGGAGACGCGCGAAGACACAAAGAGGUCUCGCAGAAUUUGUUAGGAUCAAGAAAAUUAUAUACAGACCCCUGACCGAGGAACCUUUAUUAAUAUGGAAUAAAAUAUGCUUAAGGGUCGUAAUGGGCGUACACAAAGCUUAUUAA